AUGAAUCUGUUUGCUUUGCUUCUGAACAAGGAAACCGAUCAAGUUAUCGAAUGGACCCGGACUCUUCCUUUUCACAUGCAAAGUUUUAGAAACAACCAUAAUCUUCCAAUUCAUGCUCUGAUCUUUGGGAAGUUUGAAGAAGGAAGCAAGUUAUCUUUGCGAGAGGGAAGCAAGCUAGAAAGAUGUAGUUUUGAUUUCAACAAGCUAGGACCCACUUUGAGCUUUUCAUGGUGGGAAAGAUUUUGUCGGUGA